AUGGCUGUGUGGCCUUGGGAGGCGCUGGAGAGGGACCUGGAGCUGAGCCUUGGGCCCGGCCUGGAGGCGCCGUCCGUCCCCGGUGCUGAGGGCAGGAACCCAGGGACCCUCCUGGAAGACACCGAGGACCUGGCCCGGCUGCGCCCGCUGUGUGACAGCUCCCUUCUGCUGUGCCUCAAGAAGAGGUUUCGCCUGGGCCGCAUCUACACGUUUGGGGGGCCCCUCCUGCUCGCUCUGAACCCCCGCUGGCCCCUGCCUGUCUUCUCGCCUGAGGUCCUGGCCAGCUACCACCCCAGGAAGGCCCCCAGUGCCACCCCACACAUCUUCGCCAUCGCGGCAUCAGCCUACAGCCUGUGUGGGAGCACGGGGCGGGACGCAGGCAUUCUCCUCAGUGGGCACAGCGGCUCAGGGAAGACAGAAGCCGCCAAACAGAUGGUGCGGUUCCUGAGCGGCCUGGAGCAGGAGCAGACAAGGGACGGAGGAUGUCAGCUGGACGACGUGCUGCCCUGGCUCGGCAGCUUUGGCCACGCCACGACAGUCCUCAAUGCCAACGCCAGCCGCUUCGGCCAGGUCCUGUGUCUCCGCCUGCAGCACGGGGUCAUCGUGGGAGCUUCUGUGUCACAUUAUCUGCUUGAGACCUCGAGGGUGGUGUUUCAGGGCCGGGCCUGCAGGCUCCAGGGCAAGGAGGAUGCCCAGGACUUCGCAGGACUGGUGAAGGCCCUGCAGGCGCUGGGCUUGUGCCCCGAGGAGUUGACCGCAGUCUGGGCCGUGCUGGCUACCAUCCUGCAGCUGGGCAACAUCUGCUUCUCCUCGUCAGAGAGGGAGUCCCAGGAGGUGGCUGCCGUGUCCAGCUGGGCCGAGAUCCACACCGCAGCCCGGCUGCUGCGGGUGCCGCCCGAGCGCCUGGAGGGGGCUGUCACCAAAUGCGUCACGGAGACACCCUACGGCCCAGCCUCAAGAUCCCUGCCCCUGGAGAGGGCCAUUGAUGCCAGGGACGCCCUGGCCAAGGCCCUGUACUCGCGGCUCUUCGCCUGGCUCCUGAGGAGGACCAACACGCGGCUGGCCCCGCCCGGGGAGGGAGGCAGCACGAGCACCAUCACGGUCGCGGACGUCUAUGGUUUUGAGGCACUGCGGGUGAAUGGCCUCGAGCAACUGUGCAACAACCUUGCCAGCGAGCGCCUGCAGCUCUUCUCCAGCCAGAUGCUGCUGGCCCAGGAGGAGGAGGAAUGUCGGCGAGAGUCGCUGCCCUGGGUGCCCAUCCCUCAGCCUCCGAGGGAAUCCUGCCUGGACCUCCUGGUAGAACAGCCCCAGAGCCUCCUGCGUAUCCUGGAUGCCCAGACAUGGCUGUCCCAGGCCACCGACCACACCUUCCUGCAGAAGUGCCACUAUCACCAUGGCGACCACCCAUGCUACGCCAAGCCCCAGCUGCCCCUUCCUAUCUUCACCGUGCGACAUUACGCAGGGACCGUCACCUACCAGGUUCACAAAUUUUUAAACAGAAAUCGGGAUCACCUUGACCCUGCCACCGUAGAAAUGCUUGCCCAGAGCCAGCUCCAGCUGGUGGGCAGCCUGUUCCAGGAGGCAGAGCCCCAGGGCGGGGGAGGGCCAGGCAAGCCCACCUUGGCCUCUGGAUUCCAGCAGUCCCUGGGGGACCUCCUAGCCAGGCUGGGCAGGAGCCGUAUCUACUUCGUCCAGUGCCUCAACCCCAACCCUGGGAAGCUUCCCAGCCUCUUUGAUGUGGGACACGUGGCCGAGCAGCUGCGCCAGGCAGGCGUCCUGGAGGCCGUUUGUGUCCGCGGUGCCCACUUCCCUGUGCGCCUGCCCUUCCAGACCUUCCUGGCCAGGUUCCGGACCCUGGGGACCGGGGAGCAGGGAGAGCCUUCUGACCGGGAGAGGUGUGGCGCCAUCCUGAGCCAGGUGCUGGGGCCCGAGUCGCCCCUCUGUCACCUUGGAACCACCCAGGUCCUGCUGCAGGAGCCGGGCUGGCGGCAGCUGGAGCAGCACCGCCUCCGCCUCCUGCCACGGAUGCAGGCUCGUGUGCGGGGGCUCCAGGCCAGGAAGCGGUACCUCCAGCGCCGGGCGGCCCUGGGACAGCUGAACACGGUGCUGCUGGCGGCCCGGCCCCUGCUCCGGAGGAGGCAGAGACUGCAGCUUGGGCACUGGUGUGGCUGGCACGGCGGCGGGUCCUCCGGGAGCGGGCCAAGCAUGGAGCUGGCGCGCCUGGAGAUCCCGGCCGAGCUGGCCGUGCUGCUGAGGGAAGAGGAAGGCCGUCAGCACACGCUGGCCCAGAGCAUCACGGAGGCCAAGCCCCCGGAGGUUCCUGCCCGGCCCAGCCUGACCCUGCCGCCGGACAUCGACCAGUUCCCCUUCUCCACCUUCAUCUCCAGUGGCUUCCAGGAGCCAUCUCUGCCCGCUCCUGGGCAGCUGCUGGACAAGCCGCUGACCCGGCUGGACGGUGAGAACCCUCAGCAUGCCCUGGAUAUCAACAAGGUGAUGCUGCGGCUCCUGGGGGAGGAGUCCCUGCCGUCCUGGCAGGAGCAGACCAUGGGCACCUACCUGGUGAGGCAGGGGCAGUGCCGGCCGGGCCUGCGAGACGAGCUCUUCAGCCAGCUGGUGGCCCAGCUGUGGCACAACCCCAGCGAGCAGCAGAGCCAGCGCGGCUGGGCCCUCAUGGCCAUCCUGCUCAGCGCCUUCCCCCCGGCGCCCGCCCUGCAGAAGCCGCUGCUCAAAUUUGUGUCCGACCACGCCCCCAGCGGCAUGGCAGCGCUGUGCCAGCACAAGCUGCUGGUGGCCCUGGAGCAGACACGGCUGGCCCCUGAGACCACACGUACCCACCCCCCCACUCAGCUCGAGUGGACGGCCGGACGGCGCCGAGGACGCAUGGUGCUGGACGUCUUCACUCUCAAUGACGAGUGCAUCUCCGCAGAGGUGGAGUCCUGGACUACGGGGGAGCAGUUGGCCGGGUGGCUUCUGCAGAGCAGAGGCCUGGAGGGGCCCCCUCGUGGCUGGUCCGUGUCACUGCACUCCGGGGACUCCUGGCAGGACUUGGCUGGCUGUGACUUCGUGCUGGACCUGAUCGGCCUGACCGAGGACCUGGGGGACCCUGCUGAUCCCCACAGCUACCCCAUUGCCCCCCGAAGCUUAGCCGAGGACAUCCCCCCCGCCCCGGGCGUCCAGGCCCCCUCACUGUACCCAGGUCCCCCUCCAGGCCCAGCCCCGACACUCCCUGGCAGGGGCUACACAGGGGAGCCCCGGGCCUCAGGGAACCUGGAUAGCUACCUGGACCACAUCUUUGAGCCAGUCCUCUCCCCAGGCCUCAGCGAUCUGGAGCAAGCCAGGGCUCUGAGCAGCCGCAUGAAGGGAGGGGGCGGCAUCGGGCCCAUGCAGCAAGGAAGCUACCCUAUGGUGUACCCAGGGAUGAUGCAGAUGCCUGGAUACCAGCCAGCUAUGAUGCCUGCACCCAUGCCCAUGAUGCCAGCAAUGGGCACAGUCCCUGCCAUGCCAGCCAUGAUGGUGCCACCACAGCCGCAGCCACAGCCCCUGCUCCCCAGCGUGGACGCCAGGCAGCUGGCAGCCCAGCAGCAGAGCUUCAUCAACCAGCAGGCGCUGCUCCUGGCCCAGCAGAUGACCGCACAGGCCAUGUCCCUGACCCUAGAGCAGCAGACUCAGCAGCGCCAGCGCCAGGCCCAGGCCACGUCAGCCAUUGCCCCGAAGCCCAAGAAGCCCCCGGCCCCCCGGGAGGAGCCGGAGCCGGAGCCGGAGCCAGAGCUGGAGCCGGUGGGUGUCUGCCUGAGGGAGACCCCUGAGGAGACCCCACAGGACGAGGAGGAGAGGCUGAGGAGCUUCCAGCAGAAACGCAACUAUUUCCAGAAGAUGGGGCAGCAGCAGAUCAAGGUGAAGACGGUGAAGCCUCCGGCCAAGGUGCAGAUCCCCCGAGGGGAGGAGCAGGAAGAGGAGGAACCCAGUGCAGUGCCAUCGCCUCCUCCUGCCCGGGUAGUGAAGAAGCCACUGACACCAGGUGGGGCCAAAGCUGUGCGGAAGGCAGAGGCUGAGCUGGCCCAGAAGGCGGAGCCUGAUGGUGGUCCCAGGCAGGCGCAGGGCAGAGAUGCGGUGCCCAGCUCAGAACCCCCAAAGCUGCCCAGCAGGGAGAUCCGUAACAUCAUCCGCAUGUACCAGAGCCGCCCAGGCCCCGUGCCCGUGCCGGUGCAGCCAUCCAGGAGGCCCCCCCAAAAUUUCCUGAAGAAAAACAACCCUAAGGACGAGGCUCUGGCUAAGCUGGGGAUCAGCGGUGCCCAAUCGCCCUCCUCGGCGCUGUGCCCAGAGAAGGGUCCUCCGCCAGCUGUGGCCCCUCGACCCAAGGCCACACCACGGAUCCGGACCUCCAACUCCAUCCGGGAGAAGCAGGGGCCCCUUCAGGAGCUGUUUGGCCAGAAGCCACCCACUGCCCAGGCACCCCCACCUCCACCCGCGCCCCCACUGCCUCCACCCGGGGACCCGGGGACCCCUUCGGCUGAGCCCCGCGGUUCUCUGGGGUCCAUGGGAGAUCAGGGGGUGAGCACCCAGCUACUCGUGCCCUCCGGCAGCGUGUGCUUCUCCUACACCAGUGCGCCCUGGAGGCUGUUCCUACGCAAGGAGGUCUUCUACCCGCGGGAGAACUUCAGCCACCCCUACAACCUCGGGCUCCUCUGUGAGCAGAUCCUGAGGGACACCUUUUCUGAGUCCUGCACCCGGAUCUCCCAGGACGAGCGGUGCAGAAUGAAAGACCUGCUGGGAGACCUGGAGGUGGGCCUGGACUCACUUGGCACCACUGAGGACAGUGUCAAGAAGCGCAUUGUGGUGGCCGCUCGGGACAACUGGGCCAAUUACUUCUCUCGCAUCUUCCCGGUCUCGGGCGAGAGUGGCAGCAACGUGCAGCUGCUGGGCGUGUCGCAUCGGGGACUGAGACUGCUCAAGCUGGCCCGUGGGCCCGGCGUCGGCCUCCACCAGCUGAAGACUCUCUGCUCCUACAGCUUUGCUGAGGUGCUGGGCAUAGAGUGCCGGGGAGGCUCCACCCUGGAGCUGACACUGAAGAGCGAGCAGUUGGUGCUGCACUCGGUCCGGGCAGGUGCCAUCAAGGCCAUGGUGGAGCUCUUCCUGAGUGAGCUCCAGAAGGCAAGGCGAAGCUAUAUCACCGAUGACCGCAGCCUCCUCAGCUUCCACCGCGGGGACCUCAUCAAGCUGCUGCCGGCCAUCGAUCUGGAGCCAGGCUGGCAGUUUGGCUCUGCCGGCGGCCGCUCUGGACUCUUUCCUGUGGACGUGGUGCAGCCGGCCGCUGCCCCGGACUUUUCCUUCUCGCUGCUGCGCGGAGAGCCAGGCCUGGCUCCGCGAGAGAGGGGGUUGGAGGGCCCCGCCAGACCCUCGAGCCAGGCACACGGUGACAACUCGGAGGCCAGCGGCCUGCCCUUCUCCGAGGUUCCUGCCUCUCUGUCCAUUGCCUCCCACAACUACACCAUGCCGGACUUUGCCCUGAAAUACUUCCGGAAGCCCCAGACCUUGCUGGCCCAGGCAGGUGGAGAUGCUCAGAAGGUCAUGGCCAGCCUGGUGCAGUACACCAAGGCCCCCAUCCAGGAGUCGCUCAUCAGCCUCAGUGAUGAGGACACGAGCAGGCAGGCUGUGGAGAGCUUCCAGGUUCUGAUGCAGUUUAUGGGGGACCAGCCGAAGCCCCGGAGCAAGGACGAGAUAGAGCUCCUCUAUGAGCUACUGAAGCUGUGCCGGGAGAAAGAGGACCUCAGGGAUGAGAUUUACUGCCAGGCCAUCAAGCAGGUCACGGGACACCCCCGGCUGGAAUUCUGUGCUCGAGGCUGGAGCUUCCUCAGCCUUCUCACCGGCUUCCUGCCGCCGUCCUCCACGCUGCUGCCCUACGUGACCCAGUUUCUGCAGGACGCGGGUAGCAGUCAAGAGCUGGCCCGCAGCAGCCAGAAGCACCUCCAGCAGACGGUCAAAUACGGGGGGCGCCGGCGGCUGCCGCCCCCGGGUGAAAUGAAGGCGUUCCUGAAAGGGAAAAUGCUCCGCCUGCUCCUGGUUCACCUGCCCGGAGGCGUGGGCUACAAGACCAACAUUGGGCCUUUCACCGUGGCAGCAGAGGUGCUGGAGGAGCUGUGUGGGAAGAUGGGCAUCACGGAGCCCGAGGAGGUCCAGGAAUUUGCCCUGUUCCUCAUCCAAGGCGAAGGUGAGCUGGUGCGGCCCCUGCGGCCCCAGGAGUACCUCAACAACGUGCUGGUGGGCCGGGAGACCAGCCUGCACAGCCGGCGGCUCGGCUGGGAGACCCGCCUGCACUUCGAUAACCCCACCUACAUCAGCACCCACUACAGCCAGGUGCAGCGAGACUACCUGCAGGGGAAGCUGUUGGUCGGCGCCCAGGCCGAUGCCCUAGUUGCCAGGCUGGCUGCCCUCCAGCUUGUCAGCAGGACCCAAGAGGCCCCCCUCUCAGAGCAAGACCUGCUGGCUUACUUGCCGAGGCUGCUGCAAGGCCAGCUGAACAUGGCCGCCAUCCAGAGCCUGAUGGACCAGGAGCUGAGGCAGCUGCAAGGACGCAGCGCCCAGGAAGCUCAGAUCGACUUCAUCGAGGCGGCCAGCCAGCUGCCCCUUUUCGGUUACACUGUCUACGUGGUGCUGCGGGCCAGUGACCUGACGCUGCCCAGACCCAGCCUCCUGGGGCUGAACCGACAGCACCUCAUCCUCAUGGACCCCAGCUCCCAGACGCUGUGCCGCUCCAUCGCCCUGAGGGACCUGCAGCAGCUCCACCUGCUGAGCCCCCUGGAGGCAGGCAGGCCCCCUGCCCUGGAACUCAACUAUGGCUCCCCUGACAGCCCCCAGACCGUCUGGUUCGAGCUGCCGCAGGCCCGGGAGCUACAGCACACCAUCGCCUUCCUGCUCCACAGCAGCGACACCUCCGUUUAGUGGCCGCCUCACCCGAGAGGAGAGGUGGAGGGCAGGAGAGGAGGAAGGGCCCUCCCUGGGCCCAGUCCCACGCGAUGGUCUCCCUUGGGUGCUGUCAGGUCACUUUGGUUUGGACUUGGUGGCUUGGCUGUUCUGGAACCUGCCCAGCACAGCCCGGCUGGCCCACAUGGAGGUCACCAGGCAGGGGCUGCUACAGUGACAUCAACUGGGAAGGACUCCUUCGGGGGACGUGGGGGCUGUGGGAACUCAGCGUGGGAGCUGAGUUGCCCGUCU